UGAUAAGUGAACUAGUGACACGGACUAUAAAAGCCUGUGUCCGCUGACCAAGAGGGAACAAGAGGAGGAAACUAAGACGGACAAAUUGUAGCAUCUUUUAAAACUUGAGCAGACUCAACAGGUUGCAACAGAACUCUCCCAACAGCAAAACACAUCAGAAAAAAAACAAGGAAACCAGAAGGAUUUGAAAACACUGAUCAGAUCUGAGGUGGAGCACAGCUGACCCGACCCACUGGUGCAGCGCAGACACAGCAGGCUCCUUCUGUUAGGUUCAGGACAAGUGAAAAUGCUCUGGAGACUGACUCUUGCCGUGGCUGUGGUGUGUGUCAGUGGCAUAUGCGACUGCGUUACUGCUGAUGUAAUGAGCAGACUGAUCGUACCGAGGGACUACGGGGUGAAACUGUGCGGGAGAGAGUUCAUCAGAGCAGUCAUUUUUACCUGCGGAGGAUCCCGGUGGAAACGGUCCACAGACGGGGACUUAGACCCUUUCCAUUGGAGUCCUCGCAGCGAUGUCACAGUGGAAGACAACCAGCACACCUGGCAAAGUGGGGCAGAGCUCCCAGAUAACCGCUCUCCUCUCCAUAUUGCUUCCUCUUACUCCCUGGCAGACCUCCUGGCUCUUUACGGGGCCAUAGGAGAGAGGCAGCACCAGCAGUUGCUGAGUGACCCGGUCCUGCUGGAGAAAUCUCAGCCAUCCACAGUUUUAGGUGAGCAAGACGGUAGUCCAGCGGCAGCUGACUGGCCCAUACCAAGUAAGAAGAAGAGGAACUUUUCUCUGGGUGUGGCAGGGAUGUGCUGUAACCAGGGCUGUACCAAGAAUGAUAUUGGACGCUUGUGCUAAAGCCGGGAAGGGAGGAGGAAGAGGAGAAGGGUUGGCUGAUGGCAGAGGGGUCGUGACAUGAAGGUGGUGUGAUGGACAAUUAUAGACAGUUGAGGAAAGAUGUAGGAGGUAAAAGAGGGAGGAGAGCAAGUUCACAUCUGCUGUUUAAUAGGCUGUAGUAAGCUAUUUAUGUCUAAUUGCACACGUCACUCCAACUUCAAGUCUCUGUCAUAUUUUAUUUAUUCUUAUUUCAUAUUUUGUUAAAAAUGAAAAUAAUCUGUUCUGUGUGUACUUUGUCACCCUUAAGCAUCCUUGACAAUAAAUUUUAAAUACUGUGUUAAU